CUUAUCAAUUUAUAAUUUUAUCAACUACCAAAACUAUGUCAACUUCCAACUAUAUCAACAUAUCAGUUAAAGCUAGUUUUCCCAUGUUACCACCUAAUCCUAAUCUUGAUUUAUUGCUACCCGGGGGCCUUAAAUAGUUCUACUGGAAGCGAUAGUCACAUUCAGUUCACACUAGUCACCAGCUUAGGUAUGAAGUCCGUAAUAACUUUAGUUUGCUUUGUGGCCGCCGUCUCGGCCUCGGUCCUACCAGAACAACGAGUCGUCGGAGGUUCGCCCGCUGAACUUGGCCAGUUUCCAUACGCCGUUGGAUUGAUAACUCGGAUCAACAUCUUACUCUCAAACCAGUGCGCCGGGUCUCUGCUAUCGACUCGUUUCGUGCUCACUUCAGCCAGUUGUGUCAAUGGAAUUCAGAGUGCUGUUGCCGUGCUAGGUGGUCUUGAGCUGAACGACCCUGUCGCCCCUGGACAAGUCAGAAUGACCGUAACACAGUUCAUUGUACACAGCGGUUAUCUGGAAGGUACAGAAAACUUCGACGUCGCCUUGGCUGUUCUACCGAUGCCAGUGAGCUUUACCGACAACAUCCGUCCGGUACGUCUGCCAAAUCGUCGCCAAGUGGACGCCCCCUUCAAUGGUCAACAAGGAACGUUCAUGGGCUGGGGUAGAUUCGGCUCUGGCAACAGUAAUUCCGCAGUGCUACGGUUCGGCCGUUCACAAGUCAUGACAAAUGUGGCCUGCCGAGUGAACCUUCCGACGAACUCCAUCCUCGAUCAACACAUCUGUACGGAGGGUUUCAACAGUGCGGCAGGCCGAGGAUCGCCAUGUCCUGGUGACACCGGAGCACCACUGACAAUUGUCGAUGCCGACGGAGUCACUACACAGGUUGGCGUAUUCUCGUUCAACUCGGUUCUGGGAUGCGAAAGUGGUCGAGCUGCUGUCUUCACACGCAUGUCUGCAUAUCUCUCCUGGAUUGCUGAGAAUUCGGACGUCGAGAUCAGGGAUGGUUUUGACAAAGUUUUAUUCUAGAAAUAUAAUAUGUUUAAUCUUAUCA